GAAACUGAGCCUAACAUGCGGCUACCAACCGCAGAAUUCAACAGCUCAUGCGUCCGGCAUCCGUCGGACGUAUUAAAGCAACGACAAUAUUAACGGCCGCAUAUUGGUCGAGAAAUGUUGACGGGACUUUAAAGGAUGACUAAUCCUAACAGUUCUGAACACAGUGUACAGAACAAACCAACAUUCUGCCAGUGGGCGCCGGUACGCAAGAUCGCCAGCCGACACCGUAGAGCGCUGUCGCACACUCUAGUAUGCUGAUUUGGAGCCAUAUGGCAACAUGGCGACGAUAGGCCUUCACAAGGGAGGACGUCAGUGGGCACUCUGAAGCAGAGCGUCAACCAAACACUCUGUUUUGCUGAUGAAGCUGAAGUCCCCGGCCCUAUGAAGUCAGCAUUUCUCCCACGGCGGCAGCAUUGUGCUGCAGCGUCAAUGGUCAACGGAACAGGUAGAGGCAAUUUCGCAGCUGUAACGCUGGUCUUCAGGUAUAAAUGGUGCUGCGCGAUGCUCGACUAAGACAGCGCAGAAAUCUUCUGCCUUUCUCUAGGGCGUACGCUGCAAUCGGCCCUGUUGCUGAUUUGCAUAUUGUCAACAAGGACAUUGCACCUGACGGUGUACUUCGUCCAACUGUCCUUGCAGGCGGUACAUUCCCCGGCACCCUCAUUACUGGGCAGAAGGGUGACAACUUCAAGCUCAAUGUCAUCGACGAUCUGACCGAUGAACGCAUGCUGACGCCGACAUCCAUACAUUGGCAUGGGUUCUUCCAGAAGGGAACUAACUGGGCUGAUGGUCCCGCAUUCGUCACGCAAUGCCCCAUCACCAGUGAAAACUCUUUCCUUUACGACUUUAAUGUACCAGAUCAAGCCGGCACCUUCUGGUAUCACAGCCAUUUGUCUACUCAGUACUGCGAUGGUUUGCGCGGGGCCUUCGUUGUCUACGAUCCUCAUGAUCCUCAUGCGCAGUUGUACGAUGUUGACGAUGACAGCACUGUCAUUACUUUGGCCGACUGGUACCACGUUCUUGCACAGACGGUUGUUGGAGCUGUCGACCCCGAUGCAACUCUUAUCAAUGGAUUAGGAAGGUCACCCUCUGGAGAACCUGACUCAGAACUAGCGGUCAUCAGCGUUGAACGUGGCAAGCGUUACCGUUUCCGACUGGUAUCAAUCUCUUGCGACCCCAACCAUACCUUUUCUAUCGAUAACCACACAAUGACAGUCAUUGAGGCGGAUGGUGUAAACACUCAGUCGUUGACUGUUGAUUCCAUUCGAAUCUUUGCUGGACAACGUUACUCCUUCGUCCUUCAUGCUAACCAACCCAAAGCCAACUAUUGGAUCCGCGCCAGGCCCAACAUUGGCAAGAAUACAACUACGCUAGGCGGAAUGAACUCUGCUAUCCUCCGCUAUGUCGGAGCCCCCGAGAAUGAACCGACAACUGUCGAGAUUCCCAGUACGACUCCACUGAUUGAAUCUAAUCUCCGCCCGCUGGUUCACACGCCUGUGCCUGGAAGACCCGUUCCUGGAGGGGCGGAUAUCGUCAAGAACUUGAAUCUGACCUUCAGUAACGGCCGCUUCAGUAUCAACAACGCUUCUUUCAGAGAUCCCACUGUUCCAGUCCUGCUUCAGAUUCUCAGUGGAGUACAGAACGCUCAAGACUUGCUUCCUCCUGGCAGUGUCAUCGGGCUCGAACUAGGAAAGGUUGUCGAAGUGGUUCUUCCGGCUGGUGCCAUCGGUGGUCCCCAUCCUUUCCAUUUGCAUGGGCAUAACUUCUGGGUAGUUCGCAGCGCGGGAACUGAUCAGUAUAACUUCAACGAUGCUAUUCUCCGAGAUGUUGUCAGUAUUGGAGACCCUGGCGACCAGGUCACCAUUCGAUUCGUGACUGACAAUCCCGGUCCAUGGUUCCUUCAUUGCCAUAUUGAUUGGCAUCUCGAAGCUGGAUUCGCGGUCGUCUUUGCUGAGGGAAUCAACCAGACUGCUGCUGCUAACCCAACCCCCCCGGAUUGGGAUGAACUGUGCCCUAAGUACAACGCACUCAACCCAGGCGAAAAGGUGAAGCCGAAGAAGGGCACAGCCAUAUAAUACAACCAGGGUGAUAUUUCCCAAAUCUCAUUAAAGACAUUAUUAUGCAACUUUCGUUCGAUGACUAGGAACUCGUUCAAGUGGUGCCCCGUAACUCUUGUACUGAAACAUAUCUAU